AUGAUUAUUCCAUCAUUGAGGAAGUAUAUGAAGAGCAUACUCACUAGCAACUUGAGUCUAGAAGAGGGAGUGAUGUUGAUAACAGAAGAUUGUAGCCUAGCCCUCCAAAACAAAACCCCGGAGAAGCUUGACGACCCGGGGAGCUUUGUUCUCUCAUGCCAAAUCGGAGGUACGAUCUUUAAACGCUGCCUUUGUGACUUAGGGUCUAGCGUGAAUCUUAUGCCCUAUACAGUGGCCAAGCGCCUUGGCAUAACAAGCUUUAGACCCACAAAGAUUCAGUUGGUCUUUGCUGAUCGAUCGGUGAGGCGGCCCAUUGGCAUCGUGAGUGAUGUACAAGUCAUGAUUGGUAAAUGUUUCAUACCGGCUGACUUUGUGGUGCUGGAACUAGACCAAGAACCAAGAGAUCCCCUGAUCUUAGGGCGACCUUUCUUAGCCACAGCCGGCGCCAUUAUUGAUGUCAAGGGAGGAAAGAUAGACUUACACUUGGGAGACUUGGUAAUGAAGUUUCAAAUUGACAAAACUUUGGAAAAGCCAACUAUCGACGGGUUCUCUUUCUUGGUGGACAAUUUAAGUGAGGUGUCUGAAGGAGUGUAUGAGGAGCUGAUAAUGGACGACCCCUUAGAAGUGGCACUAACCCGUGUGGAGAAAGAAGGAGGCUAUUUUAGUAGAGAAGCGCGAGACAUAGCCAAAUCACUCGAUAACGCGGAGACGUACAAGAACUUGGUAGCUUAUGUUGGCUUGGAGGAAGAAGUAAUGGGCACAAACGCCUCAAGGGAUGCAUCCAAGCCGUCAAAGGAGCCAUGGAGUGAGUUGAGCGCUCCAAAAGUCGAGCUCAAGGAGCUCCCCGUAGGGCUAAGGUACGCAUUUCUCGGUCCCAACAAUACAUACCCGGUGAUAAUCAAUUCAAAUCUAUCAAAUGUAGAGACCGCGCUAUUACUUUGUGAACUAAGAAAACACCGCAAAGCCCUUGGGUACACCCUUGAGGAUAUAACCGGUAUUUCCCCAGAACUUUGUAUGCACAGGAUACAUCUCGAGGAUGAGUCUAAGUCCUCCAUAGAGCAUCAAAGGAGACUAAAUCCAAACCUGAAAGAUGUGGUGAAGAAGGAGAUAAUGAAACUCUUGGAAGCUGGAGUGAUAUACCCUAUCUCGGACAGUACAUGGGUGAGCCCGUCCACGUAG